UGACGUAGAACGUCAUGGUAACAAAGUUGGGCAUGUUUUGUCAAAGAGGGCCGCUUUCAGAUGGUGGCGUGCGCUCGGCGGGACUGGUUCCUCCACGGAAGUUGAUAAAGUGGACAGCCGGCCCACUUCCGGUCGAUAUCGGCCCUUUACUGCCGGGCCAGACAGAUCGUCCAUCUCUGUAAUGCAGCCGGUCAGUCCUUUCCAGUACCAGAAGUUACUCGCUCUUGGUUUCCGGCCCAGUACCCUUUUGCUGGACUCGGACCGCGUGUAUGACGCCGCCAGCCACCGCACGUGUAGUACGCAUGCGCCGCGAUCCCAAAAGGAGAGCCCACAGAAACCGGACGCACAAAGCGGGACCGCGGCGCGGGGCGCUGUUGAUGCACAGAUUGACGCGGCAACGCCGGACGAUCUAGAUUGCCCGGACGCCAAUGUCAUGCGCAGUGAAAGCAUCGACCGGAUUGCCCUAAGUCUUCACAUGCGCAGUGACAACAUCGACCGCAUCGCCCCAAGUCUUCACAUGCGCAGUGACAACAUUGACCGGAUCGCCCGAAGUCUGCACAUGCACAGUGACACACCACCCAGUCGUCCAAACGCCGCAGUUUUCAGUUUCUGGAACAACGAAAACGUGACUCACUCGUACAAGGUGCCUGAACCACGUGACCUUUUCGGCUAUGUGUGGGACAUUCGGAUGUAAACAAAACGUCGCCUCAGAAUGCCGUUUGUUUGCGAACAGUGUGGCAGAGAGGUCAAAACACGCGCGGGAUAUCCUAACACAAAGCCACCCACGCACGAACAGGAAAAUAGUUCCGUUGGGCAAACUUUUUCUUGUUUGUUUCUAUAAAAUUGAUUGCAACAAAAUGUUGAAUUUUCAGUGAAUUGUUACUGCCAACUAAUGUACUUGUUUAAUACACAAAAUCGUAAGGAUUGUUUGUGCCAGAUGUCAUGUGAAUAUUAUUGCUACAAAAAAUGUUAGUUGUGUGUUUUUUAACAGGAAUGUGUAGGCAUUUUUGACUGUAACGAUAGUUAUUAAAUAAGCAUAAAGAGAUCAUACAGCAUUUUUAAUCAAAAAGACACUAGGAUCAAUAACAUUUUUUUUCCUGGAAAAUCAUGUAUUUGUAUCUAAAUCCUAUUGAGCUAUCUGAUAUAUCACGCAUGCUAUUUUUUUAAGUUUAACAGUUAUUUUCAUUUGUAUUUUGUUCUUUUCAGGGAGAUAAAAGUAUUUUUGGAAGCACCUUCAAGAGACGUUCUGAUAUCUUGAUCAAUGAAAAGUUGUCACAUACAAACAUGUAUAGUAAAUGUUCCAAAGUUUAAAUGACUGUUUGUUUUAUUACCAGAUGGUGCAAUUAUUGCAGGGAAAGAAAACAAUCAAAGUAAACAUUACAUAAAAAAUUGACAUUUCAACAAAUUGAACAACAUUAUAUGAUUUAAUGUUUAUUACUUGGUGCAGUGGUAACAAGAUCUUGCAGCGCCCUUUCUUGACCGGGGCGCAUGAGUAUUUUCAUUAAACAUCUCAAACUAUUUUCAGUUAUUCAGAUUUCAUUAGAAUUUGAGUGAAUGAAGUAUUGAUGCAAUUCAAUAUGUUUGUUGGUAUAAUAACCCCCACAAGUCAAGACGUUUUGGCGAUGAUCAUUUGUUAUGACUUAAUUGGAGCAUACAUAUGUUUGAAUAGCAAGAUUUUCAAAUUCAUAAAUUGACUGAUUACAAUUUCUUUGUGAAUACUUAUGUACUUCUUUAUGUAUUUGGUGCUUUAAUUUCUAUUGUUACAUGUGCAUGCUAGUUAUAAAGUAAUGUUAUUAUUAA